CCGGUACCGGGCGGAACCGCUCGGCGCCGAGGACGAGGAGAGCGGCCCCCUCGGCUACCCCAUGGUGCUCGUCCAAAUCCCCAUGUACAACGAGAGGGAGGUGUACAAGCUCUCGAUUGGGGCAGCGUGCGGGCUGUCCUGGCCGUCGGAUAGGCUCAUCGUACAGGUUCUGGACGAUUCCACGGAUCCAACGGUCAAGGAUCUCGUGGAGCUGGAAUGCAAGCUUUGGGCUAAGAAAGGCAAGACUGUAAAGUAUGAGGUGAGAAACAAUCGCAAAGGAUACAAGGCUGGUGCACUGAAAGAGGGGAUGCUGCAUGCUUAUGUCCAACAGUGUGAUUUCCUCGCUGUAUUUGAUGCCGAUUUCCAACCAGAAGCCGACUUCCUCAUCAGAACCAUCCCAUAUCUUGCACGCAAUCCACAAAUUGCUCUUGUUCAAGCACGCUGGGAAUUCGUUAAUCCUAAUGAAUGCCUGAUGACAAGGAUACAGAAGAUGACACUAGAUUAUCACUUUAAAGUAGAGCAGGAAGCAGGUUCAUCCACCUUUGCCUUCUUUGGUUUUAAUGGAACUGCUGGAGUCUGGAGAAUUUCUGCCAUAAAGGAAGCUGGGGGCUGGGAUGAUCGCACAGUUGAAGACAUGGAUUUGGCAGUCAGAGCAGGCCUGAAAGGAUGGAAAUUUGUCUAUGUUGGUGAUGUUAAGGUAAAAAGUGAACUACCAAGCAGUCUGAAAGCAUAUCGUCGCCAACAACACCGUUGGACAUGUGGGGCAGCACAUUUAUUCCGCAAGACAGGAGCUGAAAUAUUGCUUACCAAGGAAGUGUCAUUUUGGAGGAAGCUUUAUUUGCUAUACAGCUUCUUCUUUGUGAGGAAAGUUGUUGCUCAUGUGGUGCCUUUCUUGCUCUACUGUGUAGUGAUCCCACUAUCGGUGCUAAUUCCCGAGGUUACAAUUCCUGCUUGGGGGGUUGUCUAUAUUCCAACAACAAUAACCCUUCUAUACGCCAUUAGAAAUCCGAGUUCUAUCCUCUUCAUACCAUUCUGGAUCCUCUUUGAGAAUGUCAUGUCAUUUCACCGAACAAAGGCGACGUUCAUCGGUUUGUUGGAGUUCGGAAGCGUAAACGAAUGGGUUGUCACGGAGAAGCUUGGCAACUCAAGCAACACAAAGGCCGUACCUCAUAUCCUCGAAAGGCCUCGCUGCAGGUUUUGGGACAGGCUAUAACAUUUCUCAUUGUUGGCACUGGUUUCUGCGGAACCUCCAACUCAUAGCAAAUGAUCCAGCAAAAGAAACUAUUCACUAUAUACAUGAUGUGGCAGCCUUAUUUAUCGGGCACACUUUUUGAUGUAAUAACCUUAUUUCAGUGUCGUGAAUACUGUCGAGGCAAAGGGUGCCUGCCUUUUUUAGAACAGGUUCCCAUGCUGUUGUAACUUCCACUUAUCUACAAUGUAAUUCCCAUGUAACCACGUUCCACUGUAGUAUUAGUCUUCAUACAUUUACUGGGAUUGUGCUAUCUGCAACAUUUUGGAAUAUGAAUGAAUUUCUUUUCUUUUUUCUAGUU